CUUCUCACUACACUGCACUCUCAGGCUUUCUUUCUCCUCCCAGAUCGAGGCUGCUCUGUCUCUCUCUCUCACAGACACACACAUACACACACACACCCCCCCGGCUAGCUCUCUGUUUUUGCCCGUCUCAUUUCCACUAAGAGCCAGCCGGGGGUCCCUCAGGGUCGAAGGUUCUGCCCCGCUCACUCUGGCUCCAACCUUUCCGCCUCCCGCGCCAGCUUUCAUCCUUCAUGGAUCGACGUCUUUAACUGCACAGAGGGCGACCCCGGCACGCAUCCCGGCCGACGGAAAGACUGUGGCCAAGUGUGGUGCAGUUCUGUUCUGAGCUGAGGUCCUGAAGGAUGCACACAGUCCGGCUUGGCCCUGGAUCCUUGUGAACUGCUCAUGUCCAAAAGGUGGAAGAAUGGCUCAUGGAAUCCCCCCCCAGGGCAAAGUGACCAUCUCGGUUGACGAGUACAGUUCUAAUCCCACACAAGCCUUCACGCACUACAACAUCAACCAGAGCCGCUUCCAGCCCCCUCACGUCCACAUGGUGGACCCUAUCCCCUACGACACUCCCAAGCCGGCUGGCCACACGCGCUUUGUUUGCGUCUCUGACACACACUCCCGCACAGAUGGCAUCCAGAUGCCAUACGGGGAUGUGUUGCUCCACACUGGCGACUUCACUGAGCUGGGCCUGCCUUCUGAGGUCAAGAAGUUUAACGACUGGUUAGGCAGCCUACCAUAUGAAUUCAAGGUGGUUAUCGCGGGGAACCACGAGCUGACAUUCGACAAGGACUUCAUGGCUGAGCUGGUCAAGCAGGAUUACUACCGCUUUCCCUCAGUUUCCAAAUUGAAACCAGAGGACUUUGACAAUGUCCAGUCACUCCUUACGAACUGUAUAUAUCUUCAGGACUCUGAUGUGACGGUGAAGGGAUUCCGCAUAUACGGGACGCCCUGGACGCCCUGGUUCAAUGGAUGGGGCUUCAACUUGCCCCGGGGCCAGUCUCUGUUGGACAAAUGGAACCAAGUACCAGAAGGCCUCGACAUUCUCAUGACCCAUGGGCCUCCUCUCGGGUUCCGGGACUGGGUUCCCAAGGAGCUUCAACGAGUGGGCUGUGUGGAGCUGCUGAACACUGUGCAGAGAAGGGUUCGCCCCAAGCUUCACGUCUUCGGAGGUAUCCACGAAGGUUAUGGCAUUAUGACAGAUGGGUAUACAACAUACAUAAAUGCCUCCACCUGCACCGUCAGCUUCCAGCCCACCAACCCUCCUAUAGUCUUUGACCUCCCCAAUCCCCCAGCAUCCUGAAACCACAGGGCAGUUGGAAAUGACUUUUUUUUCUAAAAAUAAGUCAAAUGAAUUCUACUAAAUACAUGUUUAGAUUUGCUUUCCAAAAUAUUGUUCUUUUGUAAUUUCCUGGUUCAAAAACCUUAUGAAUGCCAGAUUUGAAGAUCAGAAGUUAGUAUUGAAAUUGGAUUGGAUCUGUAAAAUAACAAAGCUUUGUGAAUUUGUACAAUUUUCCUGCAUAUUUUGCUUGCAUUUGCUGGAUAUGUUGAUAUUAAAUGCCAUUGUAAGUUUUUAUGUACCUUUUUAGGACAAUUAAGCUUUGUUUUGGCAGAAAUACUGCCUUAAACUUUAGCUUUACAGUACUUUGGGAGAAUGUUGUUGCUUGUAGCAGAGAAGUAGUUCCUUAUUUAUUUUCUGUUACCAAUUAGCAAAUAAAACAUUCGAUUAAAGGAUCACUAAAGUUUAUGGAUGAAAUCCUUAAAAAGACUAUUUAAAGCUAAUGUGCUGUUCUGUAGAUAAUUUGAGAAAUGCUACCUAUAUAUUAUGCUAAAUUUCUUUGUAAAUGUAUAGCAACUUACCACCAAAAGAGUUCUAUGUUAAUUCUAUGUUAUAUGCUUAAUGUGGGUUUAUGUAUCUAUGUAGGUAUGUGUGUGUAUGUAUGUAUGCAUACAGGUUUAAGAACCACACGUACAGUCACCCGUUUCUCUAUCAUGCAGUAUGGAUUCCAUUGUGAUCCAGUUUUCCUUAUGCACGCAAGAAAUUAAUCAUUUGAGCAUAAGGAAUUUGCAAGAUAUUUUUAUACAUCUGCCUAAACACAGUUUACUUGUCCUUUAAAUCUUAAAUAUUAUUGUAUUUGCGUUUAUAUUGUCCUUUUUUUCUCAUUUUUGCACUGUGUGUAAAUGCAAUCUUGCUAGCACAAAAAAAAUGUUGCCAAUAGUUGUGUGAACUUCGCAAAUGUAAAUGCGCCAUUCUCUGAUUGCAGACUUAGUUUCCUUCUUUAUGGGAGUUUAGCGCUGCUUCUACCUUUGUGUUUAUUGUGAUAUAUUUAGCUGCCUUUAUAUGCAAAUAGAAUUGCAAGAUUUUUACUUAUUAAAUACAUGUCUGUUUUUAAGAAAACGUUUCAUCUUGCAUUGAUAUUGUUGUGCAGAUAGUGACAGCAUUUAAUUCAUACAUUUUAUAUAAAAUUCAACAUUGAAAUCA